AUGAAUUUAUGUGAUCCAAAACAAAAAGCAUUUGCACAACGUGUCUAUUUUGAUCUGAAAAUUUGUCGUAAAUGGUCGAAACUUCAUGUAUAUUUUAAUGAGAUUAAUAAAUGGAUAUUUUUUCUUGGUAGACCAUCUGAUGAUCAACCAUUGACAUUUGUUUUGCCUAUAUCAAGUGAUGAACAAUUAACUGUUGAUGAUUUAUUUAAUUUAAGAUCAAAAUUAUCUUCGGCAUUACCAUCGAAUAUUGAUGAAAAUAUUCCAAGUGUAUUGAUGGCAAUUAUUGCAAAUGAUUUUACAUUAGGUUAUUUCAAUUUUUCAUUUGAUCUUUCAUCACCCAUCAUAACAAAAACAGAAACAGAAACUUCAAAUAAUCAAAUAAUAUCUACGAUUAAUGAUGACUUCACUACAAAUGAAAUGAAAAAAGAAAUAGUUAAUAAUGAAUGGCCUACAAAUGAGACAAAUGCUACUUGGGACUAA